AUGAAAAAGACAUCACCAAAGCAAAAAAAGACGAAUGUACAUCAUUGCGUCUUUUGUGAGAAGACCAUCGUGGGCAACUCCUACAAAUUCAGAGCACAUUUAUAUGGGCACAAGCAGGUAGAGCCCCGAUUCAACUGCCAGCACUGCCCAAAACAGUUCUACCGUAGCGAUGAAUACAACUGUCAUGCUAUCACACACAGCAAAGAGAGGAGGGCUUAUAUCUGCGACACUUGCGGCCGUAGCUUCCUGAAUAAGGCGAACCUGAUCAAACAUAUCCAGGCUCACCAUGCCAAAACACCAGGUUCCAAAUGUAAAACCUACCGUUGUGGGGUUUGCCAGGUGAAGUACUGCGAGAAUCGACUCCUUUUGUGGCACAUACGGCGCACCCAUUUCAAUCUCGGGGGUAAGCAGACAUCCCAUUCUGCCAAGCUGCUCAACGAGACCUGGGUGGAGCGCGUCCUCCGCUCGGACGUGUACGUCGAGAUGACCAAGCUGACGCCCAAUGUUAUAGCAAUCAGAAAACUCACUCAGAAUGUUCAAGAACCGCCUACAGCGACGGACGAAGGUAGCGCCAGCAAAGAAAACAGAGCCAGAAUCAAAAGUAAGGUCAGAGACGAACCAUCCACAGCCAAGGAAGAAGGGAGGGACAGUAAAGAAGGCAAAGAUAGGAUCAAAUGUAAGGUCAGAGACAAGGAUGAAGUCGAGGACAAGGGCAAGAAGCGGGCGUUCUUCGAAGAUAGCACGGAUUAUUACUCAAAAGCGGUGUGCAACUACUGCGGCAAAGAAAUGCUGAAGAAGAGUCUCGUCGGCCACAUAAGGGAGAGACAUAUGAAGGUGAAGAGGUUCAGCUGCAAGAAGUGCGGGGGCCAUUUCAAUAGACGGUACCAAAUGGUGCAGCACAGUUGUAAAUGGCAUGAAAGGCGAGCUAAAAGGAGUAGAAGGAGUAACUCUAUCUUAGCUGGU